AAAAAAAAGAACUGCGUUCCAGCACCCUCUCCCGCAUCACCGUGAUCCAUGGAUACCUUCGUGUCUCGCAAGCGCCGAAGACUCUCGCCUAGCCCCGAGCCUACCGCCGAAGACGAGGACUCGACUGAACUCAAGCUGGCAUUGCUGGCGUCACUACACCCACAGCUCGAUGGAGACGUACUCCUGGAGGCGCUUAUCCAUUUCGAAGGCUCUGUCCAGCAAGCUUCGGUGGCUUUGGGUCGCGAUCAUGCGUUCUCUCCCACAAGGAAGCCCGCACCCUCGCGCAUCGGACACCAGUCGUCGCUCUCUGCCUACGGGAUCGCGCCAGGCGACACCGAAGUGACCAAACGGCCCCGGACCAGGAAAGGGCGAACUCUUCACCUGUAUGACCCGCAGGACAUCGAAGCUCAUACGCCAUGCUCCAUUAUUCACAACUUUCUUCCUGCCAAUGAAGCAGACGCACUGUUGCUCGAGUUGCUUGAACAAGCUCCGACUUACUCCAAGUUGGAAUUCCAGCUCUUUGAGAGAGUGGUCAAAAGUCCGCAUACCUUCUGCUUUUACGUCAACUCUCUGUCCGACGCGGAGGAGCAGAAGGCGGAAUAUAUCUAUGAUGGAAGAAAGGUCGAGGACGUGCGCCAGAGCACUCCAGAAAUGCUCAAGGCAUCCAAGAAGGUUGAAGAGGCUGUGAACAGUGAAAUCCAACGUCGUAUACGCGACUUUUAUCCCAACGGCAGAAAGCUCAAAUAUCAGUCCCCCGAGCCAUGGCGUGCCAACACUGCCUUUGUAAACUGUUACGACGGGCCCCAUGAGAGCGUCGGCUAUCAUACUGACCAGCUUACCUACCUUGGACCCCGGGCUGUUAUUGGGAGUUUGAGUUUGGGUGUGGCACGCGAAUUCCGGAUCCGCAAGAUUGUUGCGGAAGACGAAGAUCAUCGGAAAGAGGACGGCUCGCUCGCCGAUGCACAGGGACAAAUAUCCAUCCAUCUCCCGCAUAAUUCGCUCCUAGUCAUGCACGCAGACAUGCAGGAGGAGUGGAAACACUCCAUCGCUCCGGCUCAGGCCAUCGACCCCCAUCCGCUGGCGGGGAACAAGCGGCUUAAUAUCACUUAUAGGAGCUAUAAGGACAAUCUGCAUCCCAAGUACACACCAAGGUGCAAAUGUGGAAUUCCGACUGUGCUGCGCUGCGUCAUGAGACGAAAGGAGACACGGGGUAGGUACAUGUGGAUGUGCCAUACCAAUUAUAUCCCGGGGCAAGAAGGUUGCUCCUUUUUCCAAUGGGCCGAGUUUGACGACGACGGUGACCCGCCCUGGGCUUGGGCAGCAAAGGCAGAGAAGAAAACAGCCGUGGAGAGGGAAGACAGCCUGUGCAGGGAGCCUCGAGAUGAAUCCGUGGGGCAACCGACCAAGCGAGGCUGACCAAUGCGGGGUGGCAGCCGAAGUUCUCCAUAAAGGUCCUGCUUGCACGUACACAGUACGCUGUUCGGCAUCAAGGUCAGUCAUUAAUUGUCUGGAGUACGUCGCCCCCAGUCGCUGGACACGGUGACUGAGUCCUUUGAAUGCAGACGAGAAUCCAAGAGACCCCUUUCGACAUGCAGAAUCCGGAAAGACGACAGGCCGAAUCAAAGGCGCAGCUGCGACCGCAACACGGACUUCCAUGGGCAAUCAACCCAGUUUUGAAGAUGGAGUGUGGGG